CUCUUUGUAUUUUAAUUCACCAUGGCCAAGCACUGGUUAGCAGCUCUCCUAACAGUUCUGUCUUUGACUAAGUCAGGUCUCUGCGAGAACCUUGGAUCCUGCAGGAUUGUGUGUGACCCUUCCACAGUCCGUUUACCUGACCGAAGCAAUGGGCUGGUCAUACCUCUGGCUUCAUCUGCAGCAGGACCUGCUGGUCCACCCGGGCCACCAGGUAAAGCAGGCCCUCCUGGUCUACCUGGACCCGAAGGAAAGAGCUCUAUUUCAAAUGGAGGAGUCGCAUUUUAUGCCGCCCUGCAGGAUGACUUUGGCAGAAAUGAGGUUCUCAAGUUUACUGAUGUGCUAACAAAUCUGGGAAGUAGUUAUGCCUCCUCGACUGGGACUUUCACCUGUAAAAAAGCAGGAGUGUACUACUUCAUCUAUCACAUUUUGAAGACUGGCCAAAACCUUCGAGUAGACCUGGUUCUUAAUGACCAAACAGUUGUGGCUAGUGCAGCUGCUGUGGACAUCCUCCAUUCAGACACUGCAAGCAGCAGUGCAGUUCUGCAACUGAGAGUUGGAGACCGGGUCUUUGUUCGGCUGAACAACAGUGAACUGUCCAAGGAGACACAAAACCGCUUCAGUACCUUUACUGGUUACCUGCUGUACGAGAUCUGAGACAGACAGAUGUGACCUCUUUCUGCUUUAAAUUCUUUCUUUCAAUUUGAAGGAGACUUCUUUGCAUUCAGACUGUGGGCGUUUUAUUGAAUAAAGAAUGAAUUCUCUGGCAAUCUA